AUGGGUUUGCCUUGGUAUCGUGUUCAUACGGUCGUAUUGAAUGAUCCCGGCCGUUUGAUUUCUGUCCAUAUAAUGCAUACAGCUCUGGUUGCUGGUUGGGCCGGUUCGAUGGCUCUAUACGAAUUAGCAGUUUUUGAUCCCUCUGACCCUGUUCUUGAUCCAAUGUGGAGACAAGGUAUGUUCGUUAUACCUUUCAUGACUCGUUUAGGAAUAACCAAUUCGUGGGGUGGUUGGAGUAUCACAGGGGGAACUAUAACGAACCCGGGUAUUUGGAGUUACGAAGGUGUAGCUGGUGCACAUAUUGUGUUUUCUGGCUUGUGCUUUUUAGCAGCUAUCUGGCAUUGGGUGUAUUGGGAUCUAGAAAUAUUUUCUGAUGAACGUACAGGAAAACCCUCCUUGGAUUUGCCCAAGAUCUUUGGAAUUCAUUUAUUUCUCUCAGGGGUGGCUUGCUUUGGUUUUGGCGCAUUUCAUGUAACAGGAUUGUAUGGUCCUGGAAUAUGGGUAUCCGAUCCUUAUGGACUAACGGGAAGGGUACAAGCUGUAAAUCCAGCAUGGGGCGUGGAAGGUUUUGAUCCUUUUGUUCCGGGAGGAAUAGCUUCUCAUCAUAUUGCAGCGGGAACCCUGGGCAUAUUGGCGGGUCUAUUCCAUCUUAGUGUCCGUCCGCCCCAACGUCUAUACAAAGGAUUACGUAUGGGAAAUAUUGAAACCGUCCUUUCCAGUAGUAUCGCUGCGGUCUUUUUUGCAGCUUUUGUAGUUGCUGGAACUAUGUGGUAUGGUUCGGCAACUACCCCGAUUGAAUUAUUUGGGCCCACUCGUUAUCAAUGGGAUCAAGGAUACUUUCAACAAGAAAUCUAUCGACGAGUUAGUGCUGGGCUAGCCGAAAAUCAAAGUUUAGCUGAAGCUUGGUCUAAAAUUCCCGAAAAAUUAGCCUUUUAUGAUUACAUCGGCAAUAAUCCGGCAAAAGGGGGAUUAUUCAGAGCGGGCUCAAUGGACAACGGGGAUGGGAUAGCUGUUGGUUGGUUAGGACACCCUAUCUUUAAAGAUAAAGAAGGUCGUGAACUUUUUGUACGUCGUAUGCCUACGUUUUUUGAAACAUUUCCGGUUGUUUUGGUAGAUGGAGACGGAAUUGUUAGAGCCGAUGUUCCUUUUCGAAGGGCAGAAUCAAAAUAUAGUGUUGAACAAGUAGGUGUAACUGUUGAGUUCUAUGGCGGUGAACUCAAUGGAAUCAGUUAUAGUGAUCCUGCUACUGUGAAAAAAUACGCUAGACGUGCGCAAUUAGGUGAAAUUUUUGAAUUAGAUCGUGCUACUUUGAAAUCCGAUGGUGUUUUUCGUAGCAGUCCGAGGGGUUGGUUUACUUUUGGACAUGCUUCGUUUGCUCUGCUCUUCUUCUUCGGGCACAUUUGGCAUGGUGCUAGAACUUUGUUCAGGGAUGUUUUUGCUGGUAUUGACCCAGAUUUGGAUGCUCAAGUAGAAUUUGGAGCAUUCCAAAAACUUGGAGAUCCAACUACAAAAAGACAAGCAGUCAAAAUAGGCUUUAUGGCUACACAAACUGUUGAGGGUAGUUCUAGAUCUGGUUCAAGACGAACAGGUGCAGGGAGUUUAUUGAAACCAUUGAAUUCAGAAUAUGGUAAAGUAGCUCCUGGGUGGGGAACUACUCCUUUGAUGGGUAUCGCAAUGGCUUUAUUUGCGGUAUUCCUAUCUAUUAUUUUGGAGAUUUAUAAUUCGGGAGUUUUUUGGCUUACCUAUCUCAAUAAAAUAUAUGAUUGGUUCGAAGAACGUCUUGAGAUUCAGGCAAUUGCGGAUGAUAUAACUAGUAAAUAUGUUCCCCCUCAUGUCAACAUAUUUUAUUGUCUAGGAGGAAUUACGCUUACUUGUUUUUUAGUACAAGUAGCUACGGGGUUUGCUAUGACUUUUUAUUAUCGCCCGACCGUUGCGGAGGCUUUUACUUCUGUUCAAUAUAUAAUGACUGAAGUUAACUUUGGUUGGUUAAUCCGAUCAGUUCAUCGAUGGUCGGCAAGUAUGAUGGUACUAAUGAUGAUCCUCCACGUAUUUCGUGUGUAUCUCACAGGUGGCUUUAAAAGACCUCGUGAAUUGACUUGGGUUACAGGUGUGGUUUUGGGUGUAUUGACCGCAUCUUUUGGUGUAACUGGUUAUUCCUUACCUUGGGACCAAAUAGGUUAUUGGGCAGUAAAAAUUGUAACAGGUGUACCGGACGCUAUUCCUGUAAUAGGAUCGCCCUUGGUAGAGUUAUUGCGCGGAAGUGCUAGUGUGGGACAAUCCACUUUAACUCGUUUUUAUAGUUUACACACUUUUGUAUUACCUCUUCUUACUGCCGUAUUUAUGUUAAUGCACUUCCUAAUGAUACGUAAGCAGGGAUGGAUCGAGAAUAAUUCACCUAUCCUAAUAACAAAAAAACCUGACUUGAACGAUCCUGUAUUAAGAGCUAAAUUGGCUAAAGGGAUGGGUCAUAAUUAUUAUGGAGAACCUGCAUGGCCCAAUGAUCUUUUAUAUAUUUUUCCGGUAGUAAUUUUAGGUACUAUUGCAUGUAACGUAGGUUUAGCGGUUCUAGAACCAUCAAUGAUUGGCGAACCUGCGGAUCCAUUUGCAACUCCUUUGGAGAUAUUGCCUGAAUGGUAUUUUUUUCCCGUAUUUCAAAUACUUCGUACAGUACCAAAUAAAUUAUUGGGUGUUCUUUUAAUGGUUUCAGUACCUGCGGGAUUAUUAACAGUACCCUUUUUGGAGAAUGUUAAUAAAUUCCAAAACCCAUUUCGUCGUCCAGUAGCGACAACCGUCUUUUUGAUUGGUACGGCAGUAGCCCUUUGGUUGGGUAUUGGAGCAACAUUACCUAUUGAUAAAUCCCUAACUUUAGGUCUUUUUUAAAUCGAUUCCAUUUUUAUUUAUUUUUUAUUUAUUAUUAUUUUUUUUUUGAAAUAAAAUAAAUAAAUUACGACGUGUGUAUCUAGGGAAUAGUCGCUUCAAAGUGAAUUUUCCCUAGAUACGGUUAGUCAAUUCUAUUUUUGAUAUAUUCCGAGUAUAUGGCUGAUGUUAAAGAUUCAAAACUCAUUAAAAUUUAUGCGAAAUGCUUUUUUAUUUCUAGAAUGUCCAAUAUAUGUUUUAUAUCUUCUAUGCGAAAAUCUUUAAUUUUCAGAAGGUCUUCUUGACUGUUAUUCAAAAGGUCUAAUAAUGUAUGGAUAUUGGACCUUUUGAGACAAUUAUAGACCCUGGGGGGCAAUUCUGAUUGGUCAAUAAAAAUAUAUUUCAAUGCUAUUUCUUUUUUCGUUUUCCUUGGUUUAGCCACUCUACCAUGAAAAUCAAAAAGGGGUAAAGUGCCUUUGUGUUGAUUGUUUUCUAAAUGGAAGUUUUCUUCUUCUGCAUGUAAAAAGGGAAUCAAUAAAUCAAUCAAAUUUCUGGAGGCCUCAUGAAGUGCUUCUUUAGGAGUUAAACUUCCAUUUGUCCAUAUUUCGAGAAAAAGUAUUUCUUGUUUUUCAUUUCCAUUAACAUAAGAAUGAAUACUAUGAUUCGCAUUUCGAACAGGCAUGAAUAUAGCAUCUAUAGGAUAACUUCCGUUUUGAAAGUUAUUUGGCGUUUUUAUACGAUAUCCACGAUUCCUCUCAAUUUGUAAUUCAAUACACAAAUUAAUUGGUUCUGUUAGGUUAGCUAUAUGCUGUGUAUUAUCAACAAUUUCCACCGAAGAUGGUAAGAUGAUAUCUUGAGCAGUUACAUAUCCAGGACCCUUAACACAAAUUGAUGCCUCGCGCGUUCCAUACAGAUUACUUCUCAAUACAAUUUCUUUCAAAUUCAUUAAAAUUUCAUGUACGGAUUCUUGAAUACCUACUAGGUUAGAAUAUUCAUGGGGUAUUUUAUCGGAUUUUGCGCGUGUGAUACAUGUUCCUUCUAUUUCUCCAAGCAAAGCUCUUCGCAUUACAAUGCCUAUUGUAUCGGCUUGGCCUCUCAUAAGUGGAGCCAGAAUAAAGCGUCCAUAAUAAAGACGCUUACUGUCUGCUCUUGAUUCAACACAUUUCCACUGUAGUGGCCGAGUAGAUACUAUUACUUUCUCUUGACCCAUAGUGAUAUUAUUUGAUCAAAUCAUUGAAUUAUUUAUUUCUUUUGAAAUAUCUUCAAUGUUUAUUUUUACACACGCCUUUUUUUAGGGGGCCUACAGCCAUUAUGUGGCAUAGGGGUUACAUCUCGUAUGAAACUUAAUAGUAUACCACUUCUACGAAUAGCCCUUAAUGCCGCAUCUCUUCCGAGACCCGGGCCUUUUAUCAUGACUUCUGCUUGUUGCAUACCUUGAUCUACUACUGUCCGAAUAGCAUUUCCUGCUGCGGUUUGAGCGGCAAAUGGUGUCCCUCUUCUUGUACCCUUGAAUCCACAAGUACCGGCGGAGGACCAAGAAAUUACCCGCCCCCGUACAUCGGUAACAGUUACAAUAGUAUUGUUGAAACUUGCUUGAACAUGAAUAACUCCCUUUGGUAUUCUACGUGCAUUUUUACGUGAACCCGUAUGUCUAUUCUUACGUGAACCACUUCUUGGUAUAGCUUUUGCCAUAAUUAUAUCAUCUCAUAAAUCUAAGCUAAGUCAGAGAUAUAGAGAUAUAUCCGUUUCAUGUCAAAACAGAGCCUUUAAUUUAUUAUUUAUUUCUAUUAUUUGAACAGUAGGGCCUUUCGAUUUCUAGAAUCCCCUCUCCUCUUUUUUCUAAAAAUUAUCCUUGUCUUUGUUUAUGUCUUGGGUUGGAACAAAUUACUAUAAUUCGUCCUCGCCUACGGAUCAGUCGACAUUUUUCACAAAUUUUACGAACGGAGGCUCUGAUUUUCAUUAUUUAAAUGAACCUAAAGUAUACCAUGGGAAGUGGUUCAGAAAUUAAACCUUCAUGAACCUUUUUUGUUCUUUCACUUGAGGGAUUAACUAAUGUGGGAAGCGUAAUAUUUGAAAACCACCCUUUCUCUAUUUCUUUUUUUUUUCACAAAUAUGAAAUAGGAAAGUUCUGUAUAUAAUUUGGAUAUCAGAAAAGAAAGAUUACCAUAUAUAGCACAAAAUUUCUCCGCCGAUUCCUUCUAGUCGAGCCUCUCUGCCCGUCAUUAUACCCCGCGAAGUAGAAACAAUUACAAUCCCCAUCCCGCCUAAAAUUCUAGGGAUUCCUUGAUAGUUAGAAUAGAUUCGUAGACCAGGUCGACUGAUACGUUUUAAAUUUAAAACAGUUCUAGAUGGCCCUUUCCUAUUCCUUCUAUGUCGUAGGGUUAAAACCAAAAAGUAUUUGUUGUUCUCCUGAUGUUUCCUCAUGUUUUCAAUAAAACCUUCUCGUAAAAGGAUUUUAACAAUAUUUUCAGUGAUAUUAGUAUAUGGUAUUCGAACUGUUCUUUUUUUAUUCAUGUCAGCAUUUCGUAUAGAGGUUAGUAUAUUAGCAAUAGUGUCUUUACUCAUAAUAAAUGAAGAUUUUGGUUGUCCCCAAAUUUGGAUAUAAUCAACAUGCUCUUUUUUUUUUUUUUCUUAAUUAGAAAAUUAAAGGCAUAUACAUGAGACACAAACAAUCUACUAAAUCUACUAAAUUAAUUUCAUUCAAAUACUAUAAAAUAAAAACUGUCUUUAGGGUCUCAUCUUAUAAUACUUCAGGUGCUAACGAAACUAUUUUAGUGAAAUUUAAUUGUCUUAAUUCCCGGGCAAUUGCGCCAAAAAUUCGAGUUCCUUUUGGAUUUCCUUCUUGAUCAAUAACAACCGCAGCAUUGUCAUCAUAUCGUAUUAUCAUACCGUUGUCGCGUUUGAGUUCUUUACAAGUACGUACAAUUACAGCUCUGAUUACUUCGGAUCUUUCCAGCGGUGUAUUUGGUAUUGCUUCUUUGAUUACAGCAACAAUAACGUCACCAAUAUGAGCAUAUCGUCGAUUACUAGCUCCUAUGAUUCGAAUACACAUCAAUUUUCUGGCUCCGCUGUUAUCCGCUACAUUCAAUUGGGUUUGAGGUUGAAUCAUAUCAUUUUUGAUCUGUUUUUUCAAUGCAAAGGGCGAAGUAAAAAAAAAAUGUUGUUUAUUCAAAACAAAAAAAGAAACCUGCAAUUGUUUUUUUUCAUCCAAAAACCUUUUUCUUUUGGUUCUACAUCUCUAUCCUGAAAUAAUGAAUUGAGUUCGUAUAGGCAUUUUGGAAGCCGCUAUUGAAAUAGCCUUUCUGGCUAUAUUUUCGGCUACCCCACUCAUUUCAUAAAGGAUUCUACCCGGUUUAACGACAGCUACCCAAUAUUCGGGAGAUCCUUUUCCCGAACCCAUACGUGUUUCUGUAGGUCUUACUGUAACUGGUUUGUCUGGAAAUAUACGUACCCAUAUUUUUCCGCCGCGGCGGGCGUUUCGUGUCAUUGCUCGUCGCCCUGCUUCUAUUUGUCUAGAUGUGAUCCAAGCGGGUUCAAGUGCUUGAAGAGCAUAUCUACCGAAGCAAAUACGAUUACCUCGAUAAGAUAUUCCUUUCAUUCUUCCUCUAUGGUGUUUACGGAAUCGGGUUCUUUUGGGGUUAUAGUUGAGGGUUUUUUAUUAAUUCCAUCUCUACUACAGAACCGGACAUGAGAGUUUCUUCUCAUCCAGCUCCUCGCGAAGGAAAUGAUUAUAAAAUAAUAUACAUAUAUUUAAUCAAUAAUAUAUUGAUUAAAUAUAUUGAAGCCUGAGAGUCUUUGAUUUUGAUAAGCUAUUAUCAAUUUGGAUAUCUUUAUUUGAUAUAGAAGUAAACAUGUAUUUGAUUUCUAUUUAUAGAAAAUUUUGUUUUCUUAAAAAUAAAAAAUUUCGCGGGCGAAUAUUUACUCUUUUAAUUCAAUUUUAUAAGAUUAGUUUAUGCCAUGACUUUUCAGAAUAAAUGAAUUGGUUCCUGGUUCGUUCCGCCAUCCUACCCAAUGAAUCAUUAGGAUUCGUUUUCAAUAGAAUCUUAUGCACUCACGGGUUCUGUCGUUCCCACCGUUUCGCGAUUAAUGGUUAGGUCUGAAUUCUACAACGGAGCUCUUAAAUGAAAUUUGAUCUUGAGUCAAUCUUCUCAGUUUUUAUUGACUCAGGGCUCGUGAUUUUUUUGUUCUUAUUUGUUCUUAAUAAAACAAUUUUGUUUAAUUAGGGAUCAAUUCAGUAUUAAUGCUUUAUUACAUUUUCCUUUAUGAAAAUGAAUCAUAGACCUUACAUAUUGGAAUUCUAUAUCAUUGGUAGUUUUUUCUCUCUUUCUCUCAUCUUUUCAUUUAUCCACACACUUUAACUUUUAUUGUUUCACAACUCCUAAUCAAUCUUGUUUUUCUUUUUUUAUACAAAACAGAUUUCAGUUGCUACAAUGAUAUGACUAAUAUAUCAUAUCUCGACUGGUUCUUUAUAUCCAGAUAAUGCGAAACGAUGAGUUGGUUAUUAAUUCAUACUUAUGGGCUGGUCUAUUUUUGUUUUUAAAUCUAACCCUAAAAAAACCAACGAGUCACACACUAAGCAUAGCAAUUAUAUUAAAUCAACUGAUUAAUAGAAUUUUUAUUCAACCUUAUAGAAUUAUUUAUUUUUGUUUUGAUUUAAUAGAAAAAAGUGUUUUUUCUUUUUUGUUUUUUUGGUAUAUUACCUGAUCGAUCUAAAGAUAAGUCAAGUAAAGGAUUAUUAGUCCUCAUCGACAAAUAUCCAAAUUUUGAUACCUAAUACCCCAUAGAUAGUUCCAACUGUAUAGGAACAGUAAUCAAUUUUAGCUCGAAUGGUUUGUAGGGGUACCCUACCUUCUCGGAUCCAUUCGACACGUGCAAUUUCUUUUCCGUCGAUACGCCCUGCAAUUUGUAUUUGAAUUCCUUUUGUACCUGCUUGUUCAGUUAAUUCAAUAGCCUUUUUCAUUGCUUUGCGAAAUGAAACUCUAUUUUUUAAUUGUCCGGCUAUAAAUUCUGCUAGAAUAUUAGGGUGUCCAUAAGGAUUUGCUAUUCUUGUAAUAGCAAUGUUAAGUUUCCGGUUCAUCGAAUGUAGUUCUUUUUUUACAUUCAUCUGUAAUUCUUCCAUUUUUUGGGGGCUAUUAAUAAUUUUGGGAAUCCCAUAUAGAUUAUGACUUGAAUCAAGUCGAGUUUUUUGAAUCUCUAUCCAUGCAAUCCCCUCGACACUAGAAGAUAUUUUCAUAUUUUUUUGUACAUAAUUCUUGAUACAAUUUCGUAUUUUUUGAUCUUCUUGUAGAUCCUUAGAAUAAUUUUUUGGUUGUGCAAACCAAAGAGAACGAUGACCUUGGGUUGCACCAAGUCUGAAACCAAGUGGAUUUAUUUUUUGUCCCACAAUCCCCGCUAGUAUUACUAUACAUAUAAUGUAUACAUAUACUGACCUUAUGAAUAUUAAAUCUUAUAUAAAUAUAAAAAAUAUAUCAUAUUC